AUUAAAAACGUGAUUUACCAGAAACGACAGAGAAACGGCGUCGUGUCGUGUGGUUCGGGGGCGUAUUGACGAGGCAAACGGAGUCGCCGGCAGAGGAUUUGGUAGAACGAACGAAAGAAAAAGGUUUCGUUUUUCACUCAUUCUUCUUCCCAAAUCGAAAUCUAACAACUUUUUCACUCCAAUCUUUCGAAUCCCUUUUGAAGUUCCUUCGCUGAUCCCUCUCUCUGCUCGCGCUAACCUCGUACUCUCUCUCUCAGAUUCUGGAAAAGUUUUCGGAAUGGCAGCAAUUUACAGUCUUUACAUCAUCAAUAAGUCUGGUGGACUGAUCUAUUACAAGGAUUAUGGGUCUGCUGGACGAAUGGAUACCAAUGACAGCUUGCGAGUGGCAAGUUUAUGGCACUCAAUGCAUGCUAUCUCUCAGCAGUUAUCACCUGUAUUAGGCUGUUUAGGAAUUGAACUUCUCCAAGCAGAUACGUUUGAUCUUCAUUGCUUUCAGUCGCUGACAGGGACUAAGUUUUUUGUGGUGUGUGAGCCUGGAGCUCAACACAUGGAAAAUUUACUGAAAUUUGUCUAUGAAUUGUACACGGACUACGUUUUGAAGAAUCCGUUCUAUGAGAUGGAGAUGCCUAUACGUUGUGAGCUCUUUGAUAUCAACCUAACACAGGCAGUUCAAAAGGAUCGUGUUGCAUUUUUGGGCCGAUAAAUUUAUAUCUUACCGUUUUCACAUUUUUAUAUUUUGAUUGAGUACAUAAUCUAAAUAUUCUCAUUCAAUUGCUUGUAACGUAUCGUAUUACUGCUAGCCUUUGUUGCUUUUCAGGCACAAAGCAACAACUAUGAUGUCUGAGAUAAGAUAAGUUUUCUGACAUCCGAGAUUCAUCAUUUUCGAGCAUUGCUUUAGUAUGGGUAGUUGUUGGAAAUUGCCUUUGCCUACACAUUAUUACCUUGGCUGUGGUUUCAGGUUUGUAAUGUGUGUGGAAUUUAUUUUCCCUUGGCGUUGGGUUCUUACGUCGUUGGUUAUUGCUGUAAUGGGUCAAUAGUCAGUUGCAAUGUUGCAUAUUCCUCAGCUGGUUACAAAAUUUCAAUCAGUUUACUGUUCUCAAUGAUCCAAAUUAUGCAUAAUAAAACUAAACAGACAUUGUUUUUCUUA